CAGAGAGAAACAGAGAGAGAGAGAGAGCUUUUUCAAGGUCCUCCAAUGGCGGACCUCGAAGGCUUCGGAGACUUCAAUUUCUUCUCCUCCGCCGCCACCAUGCCACCACAAUCAGCCUCCGCCGACGACGAUUGGGGCGAUUUCGUCGCCGUCGCCACGCCUCCGGUCAAAACUCACGCCGGUAACGGAUUCGCACCCGCUCCGGCCGAUUCGUUCGGGUUUUUCAGAAACGGCCCCGCGGCGCCGGGGGCGGCACAGGUCGAGUCGGAUCCGAGUCCAAAUCGGGUCGAGGCAAAGCCCGACGGGGUUAGUAAGACGAAGCAGUGGGAGAAGCCGAAGGGAGCUUUGCCGUUGUCGUUGUUCGGAGAAGAAGAAGAAAAGAAAGACGAGCAGGCGAAUGAGGAUUUGACCGGGUUGACUAAGAACGAUGGAUUUGGGAUUAAAGGAUCGAAUUUGAAUAGGAGCGGUAGUGGGAUUGAUGAUUUGAUAUCGAAUUUGUAUGUUCAGAAUGGGUCGGGUUUGAAUUCGGGUUCGGGUGGUGCUGAUUUGAGUUCCAAUGGUUUGAAGUUUGAGGGUGCAGAUUUGAAUGGGAGCUCGAAUUUGAAGUUGAAUGUGGAAGAAGGGAAUGGGGAUGUUGAUGAGGAUGAGGAUGAGGAUGAUGGUUGGGAAUUUAAAGCUGCAGAGCCAGAGAGAGGUGUUGGCAGUGAGAAUGCUAAGGGACAAGGGGUUGUGGAAGUAGCGGAGUUGAGAGCAGAAUCAAGUACAUUUGAAAACCGGGGAAUCCAGGAAAGUAAUAGAGGAACUGGAUUUUCUGGGGGGUUUGGUAUUCAUGAGUUUAACAAUGGCUCUGUUGCAUCUAAUGGAACUCCUCAUGGUGGUGAAUGGGGAUUCUCAUUUGACAUCAAGCCAAGCUCUGUAUCUCAAGAUAAUUUCUUCUUUGAAACAUACUCAGAAAGCAAGCCGACCAAUGAUGCAAAUGUGUCCAAUUAUUCUAGAGUUGAUGAUAAUGGGUGGGAAUUCAAGGAUGCACUUUCAGAAACCGGAUCAGAACAUAAGUUGGAAGAGGCAAAGGCUGCUAAUCCUGCUGGUUUAGAAUGGCAUGUAUUAGAUGGUGCUGGAGCUGGUCCUCGUAAUGAUUUUUUCUCUGGGUCGGAUUGGAUUUCUCACCCCUCUUCUGAAAGUAACUUUGCAUUUCCUUUUAUCCCUAAUUCUGAUACUAGAGAUGUGGUAAUCUUAGAUUCCUAUUCCAACGGGAAGAAAGAUGACAUAGCAACAGGGUUGAGUUCAACUACAGAUAAUAACCAUGUUGAGUCAGAUGACAAUUUUUGGGAAUUUAAGGAUGCAUUUUCAGAAUCAGGGUCGAUGCUUGAGGGAGAGUCGGUGGUUGCCAGUAAUUCUCCUGCCAAUACAACAUCAUCAGCAAUGGAUGGUGAAAAUCAUGGACUACAGCACAGUGAGGUAAUGUCAAGGAAUCAUCGGCAAGCUUUACCACUGUCCAUUUUUGGAGAUGAAGAACUAGAAACUGACACUUCCUCAGUCCAUGAAGAUAUUUCUACUCAGACAGCUGCUUCCCACCAGAUAAAUACUGCCAGAAGUCCUGCUACCAAUGUAUCCAUUACCGAUUUCAUAUCAAGCUUAUACAGUCAAGUAGAACAGGACACGCCUAAAACUCAUAUACCUAAAGAAAUUGAAAGUACUACUACUCAUCCUGUGACAACAAUGUUAGAAUCUGAUUUUGUUGGUGAUGAUGGUGAUGACGAUGGUGAUGACGGUGAUGAUGACUCCUGGGAGUUUAAGGAUGCUGUUUCAAAAGAUCAGAAUUCAACUUCUAUUGCUAAUGUUGAAGAUUCACUUAAAGAUACUUGUACUCAAAUCCAGGUGGAUGACUUUGUGGAAUUUUAUUGCAAGUUGAAGGAUGAAUCAUAUUUUCUUGCACUCUACCAUCUUGACCAGAACAAGAAAGCUCAAAGUAGUGCUUCUUUUUCUGGUGUGGAUGCAACAGAGGCUCUGGAUAAGGAAAUCCAGAAAUUAUAUGAUGACUUGCCUCAAGACAAGAUGAGAUCAGAUCAGUUCCAGUCAGGGAAUUCUUCACCAAGAAAUUCAUUCCUUAACGAGCUUCAUAAGGCUCUUGGGGAACUGAAGUUCCAAGUUCUUGAGUCAGAAUAUCAGUUGUCACAAAGACUGUCCUUGGCAGAGAAGGAUAUGACAUCAGCAAUUGAACUUCUAAGACAUGCAGCUUCGAUAUUAAGGAUUCUUAGACUCGGUUCAAUGGAGGAGCAAUCUAGGUACAUUGCUGUGUGGUCUCAAAUGGUCUCCAUAUGUGCGGAAGAGCUAAAACAUGGCUCUUUAAUUUGGAGGCAAUCAUUAGAAAAGAAUGUUCAGAAGCAGAUGUUAUCUGAACCACGAGGCAAGCAGUAUAUCAUUGCUCUGGGAGAAAUGUACCGAGUAGUUUUAGUUCUGAGAGCCUCAACCAAACUGUACAGUCCUUGGAUUCUAUUACAGUCAGAUUGUUCUAGCUUGAUUGGUCUUCUAAACCAGUGUUAUACUCUAUGGUCAAGUUCAGGACUUGAUGAAGCUCUCAGAAGUAUUUCAGAUAAAGAUGAUUUCAAAUAUGACGAAAAUGUUAAUGCAUUACUGGAUUCCUUAAACUCUAUAAAUCAUCUUGACGCAUUUUCACUCCAAGACCAUUUUUUGAGUGGACAACAAGCUCUAUGUUCGCUGUCACUUUUAUCAGCAGGAGCUGUGCCAGGUAUUAAAAUGGUGGUGUGGAACGACCAACACUAUUUAUUGACCCUUGCAAACCUGUGGAUAAAUUUAAUUGGUGGUGAUCCCCCGCAAUUGCCACACUUCAGUUUUAGCUGAGGAGAAAAAACAUGUUGAAGGAAGACUUGGAGAUUCGCUUUGGCUGAAGUUUCGUCUUGAAUCUGUUGUUACCUCUGAAACAGGGAUCUUGGAUUCUAUUUAGUGGGGACUGAAAUGAAGAUUGACGAUUAGAUCCAAAAAAAGUAGCGGCAACUUCUCAAACUCACAAUCAGGAAGAAAAAUCUCAAUAUGGCUUUAAGAAGAUCCACAAAACGGCCAUGCUGGUCCGUUUAGUCCUACCAAGUUCUGGUGGAGGUCUUGUAUCUUGCCAUUCAUUUUUUUGGGAGCUGUAGUAUAAUAGCCAUUGGAAAUGUAAGAAAUGUAUCAAUGUGUGUAGUUGUGUGUCUGACUGGGUGUAUAAGAAAAGCAUUCAUCUACCCAGUAAUAGAAUUUUGAGAGGAGGAAGAAUUUACUCAGAUUGCCAAUUCCUACUUUGUAUUGCAAAAUUUCAUACUAUAAAGGAGUUUCAAAUGAAUUUUUUAUUUAUGGAA